GGUCUUUAUACCCAUUUUGUACCCAUUCCAAGAGUUGUAAGGCCUAGGGGGAUUAAGGCUAAAAGACUUGCCUGGGGUCACACAGAAGAAAGUAUUGAGGCCAGAUUCGAACCCAGGCUCUAGGCAAAGUGCUAGGCAUACAAGGAAAGGCAAAAGACAAGCCCCUGCCUUUGAGGAGCUUCCAAUCGAAUGGGGGAGACAGCAGACAAGCAGCUGGAAAUGAAUGACGGAGGGAGGCAUCAGAUGAUGGGGAUCCGCGAAGGGUUCUGGGAGGCAACAUUGUAGCCAGACGUGAAGCGAGGGAUAAUGAUGGAGGAGGCUGCUGGCCCCGACCGAGACCUGGCAGAGGAGAGCAAGCCCAGCCCUUGCAGGGUUCGCGAAGGGUAGGCUGGACUGGAGGCAGGCCCACCGUCCGCAAGGACAUCGCGGAACGUCCUGGCUGGGAGGGAGCUUAAAGCGUAGCCGCCAGGGCAGGGCACGUCAGCGCUACAGAACCGAAAGAGCUGCCGCCUCUCAGCCUCAAGGAACCCGGGAGGGAUGGGGACCUUUCGGGCGGAGGGAGGAGUUGGCGCAGGCGCAGUCGCCUCCAGCUGGCCCUCACAUUUAUGACCGUCCUUUCCCCGGAACCUUGGCGCGCUGUUUCGGGCACCGAGGGGACCGCUAUAGGUGGACACCGGGGCGGGGCGGAGAGGAUACGCUGUUGUCCCGGGCAACAGUGGAUAAGAUGGCGGCGAGCGGGGAACCCGGUGGCCGUGGCGAGAGUGUGGAAGUCAAUUCCAAAUGGCUGGAUGCCCACUAUGACCCCAUGGCCAACAUCCACACUUUCUCGGCAUGCCUGGCUCUUGCUGAUCUCCAUGGGGAUGGCGAGUACAAGCUGGUAGUGGGAGACCUAGGCCCCAACGGGCGGCAGCCACGGCUAAAGGUGCUCAAGGGCCCGUCGGUGCUGACCGAGAGCCCCCUGCCCUCCCUGCCCUCCGCCGCCACCGCUUUUCUCAUGGACCCCCACGAGCCUCGAACCCCGGCGCUGGCACUGGCCUCGGGCCCCUGCGUCUAUGUGUACAAGAACCUUCGGCCCUACUUCAAAUUCAGCUUGCCUCCCCUGCCUUCCAACCCCCUGGAGCAGGAUCUCUGGAACCAAGCAAAGGAGGACCGGAUUGACCCUUUGACCCUAAAGGAGAUGCUGGAGGGGAUCAGGGAGAAGGCCGAGGUGCCCCUGUCUGUGCAGUCCCUCAGGUUCCUAAAUCUGGAGCUGGGAGAAAUGGAGGCCUUCGUCACUCAGCACAAGACUCACCCCAUCAAGAGACAGACCGUCAUCACCACCAUGACCAUCCUGAAGAAGAACCUGGCGGAUGAGGACGCCGUGUCCUGCCUGGUGCUGGGGACAGAGAACAGGGAGCUCCUGGUGCUGGACCCCGAGGCCUUCACUGUCCUGGCAAAGAUGAACCUGCCCAGCGUCCCGGCGUUCCUGGAGGCCUCUGGGCAGUUCGAUGUGGAGUUCUGGCUCACAGCCGCCUGCCGGGACGGCAACAUCUACAUCCUAAGAAGGGACUCCAAGCGCCCCAAAUACUGCAUCGAGCUGAGUGCCCAGCCUGUGGGGCUCGUUCGGAUCCACAAGACCCUGGUGGUGGGCAGCACCCAGGACAUGCUACACAGCUUCACCCACAAGGGCAAGAAGCUGUGGACGGUGCCCAUGCCAGCCCCCAUCCUGACCAUGAGCCUCCUGGAGCAGCGCUCCCGGGGUCUGCAGGCUGUCAUGGCGGGACUGGCCAACGGGGAGAUGCGCAUUUACCGAGAUAAGGCCCUUCUCAACAUCAUCCACACCCCUGACGCUGUGACCAGCCUCUGCUUUGGCCGCUAUGGGCGCGAGGACAACACCCUGAUCAUGACGACUCAAGGCGGCGGCCUGGUGAUCAAGAUUCUGAAGCGGACGGCAGUGUUUGGGGAAGGGGCCGGUGAGGCAGGCCCCCCCCCAGCCCAGGCCCUGAGGCUCAACGUGCCCCGGAAGACCCGACUGUAUGUGGACCAGACGCUGCGGGAGCGAGAGGCGGGCACUGCCAUGCACCGAGCCUUCCAGACGGACCUGUACCUGCUGCGGCUGCGGGCGGCUCGCGCCUACGUGCAGGCUCUGGAGUCCAGCCUGAACCCCGUGUCCGCCACCCUCCGGGAGCCCCUCAAGCUGCAUGCUGUGGCACGCUCACAGGUCAUGAGGCUCCUCGGGGAGGGAGGCCUCGAGGCCCCCGUGAUGCUCGGGGGCAGCCGAGGCUGGAGUCGAUGCCGGACAUUCGAGGAUGUGGAGGAGGGAGGGAGGCGCAGGAGGCCGGAAUUGCCCGGAGGUCAAGGAAAGCCUCCCAGUGGGCGGGCCAGGAGCUCUAGCCCCGAGGCGGCCCACCUUGCCGGCUCGGCUCGCAGCGGGCCCUCCUCUCGCCUCCCCCAGGUUCAGGGCUUGGGGCCCACCUUCAAGCUGACGCUCCACCUCCAGAACACGUCCGCCGUGCGCCCGGCCGUGGGCCUGCUGGUCUCCUUCCUGUACAACGAGUCCCUGUACGCCCUGCCCCGGGCCUUCUUCAAGGUCCCCAUGCUGGUGCCGGGGCUCAGCUACCCCAUGGAGACCUUUGUGGAGUGUCUCAGUGACAAAGGCAUCUCGGACAUCAUCAAGGUGCUGGUGCUUCGAGAGGGCCAGAGCGCCCCCCUGCUCAGCGCCCACAUCAACAUGCCCGUGAGCGAGGGGCUGGUGGCGGCCUGAGCCGUGCCCACACGGGCACUCCUCGGGGAUGGGCGGCCCCUGCCAGUGGGGCGGCGGAGGCUCGCCUGCGAGGGCUCCCUUCCCCGUAGAGGGAGGGCAGCCUCUGCGGGGCAGGCCGGAAGCCCCCCCGUGGCUCCCUGCGCCCCGGAGCCGCCUCCACCCGAGGGGGAGGGUCCGGGGGGGCGGCCAGACACCAACCCAAUAAAGACGUGUCGCAAGGCCAGCAGA